CACCUAGAUACACCUGUCUCACCUGUCACAACGCUUUGGUCAUUGUUAGUGAUUGUUAGCGAUCUCUAGAGAAGGAUUGAAAUCCGUGGUUUUUAACUUGGCGGUGCGUUUUUGGCUGCUUUUAAGAAUGUCGUGGUAAUUAUCGAUAUUUUCGAGUAUGUAAUACUCUCUUCUGCGCCCUACUUUAAUCCUCCCCAUUAGAACAUUGGAAGUGAAACAAGGUGAAAAAGCGCUGAUUUAAAGUUUGUGGCAAAAAUUCCUAUUUGAAAAGCAAAAUAACAAAUAUUUACAAUUAUCAGCUAUUUUUAUGAAAAAAUGCUGUUAACAUUUCUUUAUAUGAUAGCCACCAUUAUGCAAGCACGGAGGAUAUCAUUUCUAAAGGUACAUUUAAAUGCUGUCUUUAAGGAAUGCAAGAGACGCCCUUCUCUUACACUUAGGAUUAAGGUGCCUCGACACACAAGUAAAGAUCGCAAUGGAUACGACAAUGAAAAAUUUUUGACUUCUUAUUUAUGUACUAACAAAAAUCAUGCAAAACUUGAUGAAUUAUUGUGGUAUCAAGACAAUGCAAAAAUGUAUACUAUAUAUCCUCAACAAAAAGUUGAUUUAUGUGACUGGUUGGCCUAUCCAAAAAAUUCAUCGUUUCCUUUGUAUACAAGUAAAAAUUGCUGUCAGAUUUCAAGCAAAUCUGAUAAAUUGCAUAUACUUGUUGAAGUUGAUCUUGAAACCUAUGGAUCUCGGGCCUCAACAAACUCUGCAAAACUUGAGGAUUAUGGUCUAAUCAUGGCGUGGACACCAUCAAGUAGAAAUAUGACCUUUAUUUUAGAAACGGAUUUAGAACAUCUUACAAGCUUAAUAACUGGGGUCAUGCAAGGACAAUAUUGCAUUAAUAAUGGCUUAUUUUUAACACGUGUUCAAUCUGUUUUAAUGUCGGGAAAACCAUGUACUUACAAUGAUAGUGGACUUCUGAGCCCACCGCCAGAUAAAACUGGUUUUUAUGCAUUAUGUAAUGCAAUCCAAAUAGUUUCCCAACAAAAUAAGUCUAAAGAUAUUACUGGAGAAUGUGAUAUACAGUCACAAGAUAAGGAUGUGAGCAGUGAAGCAUUUACAGAAGAAUCCCUAGCAGAGGUUACGAAAGAUGCGAAGUCAUCUAGUUCUGCACCAACGUGUAAUUUGCCAUUGAGUGAAGAGCGUAUAGGAAUAAAAGAUCCAUAUAAUUUAAAAUCAAUACCAAGCGAUGUAUUUUCUGCCGUUACUGAUGGAGGACGAAAAUCGGAUUUAACCAACAUUCAUUUACCUGACGACUUAGAGAAAGAAGACAAUAUUAAAGAAUCUACAAAUAUUGAAAGCAAGUCUACUAGAGAGUCUACUUCCAAAAAUUCGGAAGAAGGGAAGAAAAACCCCAGUAAGAUAAUUAAACCACCAAAUGUACUCAUCUGUGCAGAUAGUGUAGGCACGACCGACAGUUUACAUAAUUUAUUAUUAAAAGUGCUGGAGCAAGAUAGAUAUGUCAUCCAUGUAUUGUCUAAAGGGGAUUAUGAUACUUAUAAAAUGUGGGUAGAUGAGGUUUCUUUAGUUGUUCUUUGCGGUAAUGUUGGUGCGGAGUUUGCUGCUCAGCUUGUAGAGUACAUUAUACAGGGAGGUAAACUCCUAGCGUUAUGUUCCGACAUGCUGCACAUUUUGCUGCCAUCAUUUAAGACUGCAGAAGUACGUGAAAAUGAACUCGUUCAUUUUUCAUAUGGUAAAUGGAAACGAGUGCGUAUGAUGCAUCAUAUUUUUUGCUAUCAUGCAUCUCCCAUACGAACUCGUUUUUCUCAAGAUCAAGAAGACACAAGAAUGUCUGCACUGGAUCCUCCGACGUCAAUUAACGUUAAGGAUAAAAGAGGAAAAUUACAUUCGUUUGAUGUGGAAGUAUUGGGCAGAGAAGAAACGUGGCAGAGUCCAAGCAUAUUGCUCGCAACUUUGCCUAGUAGUCAUGGUAAAGUGGUGUUCUCUCAAAUCCAUUUGGAGAUAGAUCCAAUGCAAUUUGUAUAUGAGGGGGACAAAUUUGACGUGUUGAAAAAGAGUAACAUUGCACGUUUGGAAAUAAUCAGCGAUCUACUGAGCACACACUUGGGACUAGAUACAAAUCGUGAUACAAGUCAUUAUUUAGAUACAAAUCCAAUAUCUGUGCAAUAUACUCCAGGUUAUUUUUUAGGCAAAUUUGAGAUGAAGAUGAAGAUGCUUGAAAAAUUGAACAUUGACAUGAAAAAGAAAAACACAUUAAAAUUGUCAGAAAUGGAAAUUGAAUUUUGCGCAAACAAUGAAGAUGCGCAUGUACCAUCUAUUAAUUUUUUCCCUAUUAUGAUGCAUAUGUGUCCGCCUAAUUUUUCAACCGUAGAUUAUUUUGAGAAUCUCUACACAAAGGAAUUAGGUCGUUUAGUAAUAUACACGGAUGUCUUAACAUCAUCUAUGAAAGCAAUUGAUACCAAAUUAGAGCAUGGACUGGCAGUUAUUGCACGACAACAAACACACGGAAGAGGGCGACAUAAUAAUAAAUGGCUAAGUCCCCAGGGUUGCGCCAUGUUUACUUUACAAGUACAUAUUUCUUUAAUGUCAAGUCUCAGUCAUAAUGUCUCACUUCUUCAACAUGCUAUUGCUGUAGCACUUGUGUCAGCUGUAAGAUCUAUUAAAGGAUACGAGGAUAUUGAUCUUAGAAUAAAAUGGCCUAAUGACAUAUAUGUUGGUAAUUCAAUCAAGAUUGGUGGUAUAUAUGUUUCUACACUGGUGGCAGAUGCUGGAGCAAUGUACGUUUGCAAUAUCGGUGCUGGUAUAAAUCUUUCCAAUAGUAAACCCACGACUUGCAUUAAUGAUGUGAUUCUGCAAUAUAAUCAAAAAAACAGUACAAAGUUGGAAACGUUCUCUUAUGAAAAGUACUUCGCAUUGGUAUUCAAUGAAAUGGAAAGUUUAUUGGAUACUCUACAGAGCGGCAACACAGAGCACUUCUACAAACUCUAUUACAAAUAUUGGUUGCACACGAAUGCAAAUGUUGUGGUAACAAGCAUAGAUGGAAAAAAAGAACAAGUUAAGAUUCUGGGUAUCGAUGAAUACGGAUAUUUGUUGGUGCAAGGAACAAAGGGCAUGUUUUCUGUACAUUCAGAUGGAAAUAGUUACGAUAUGUUCAAGGGGCUAAUAGUACCAAAAUAAAGAAUUAUAUAUUCAUUGUUGGGAAUUAUAUCUACAUGUUAAAAUAUGAAUAAUAAAUAUGUCUACAUAUAACGUACAAUUUUGUAUGUUUACGUAUCAUAUAUUACAUAAUACAUAUAUUGUACAUAUGUAUAUAUAGAUAUAAUAUAAAGUUUCCUAUAUGUAUGUAUGUAUAUAUAUAAGUGUAUGUACAUAUUCAUGAACUUCAUAUUAUAUAUGUAUAUACGAGAGUGUGCGUGUGUGUAUAUAUGUAAUAUACAAUACAAAAUUAUAUACACAUUUAUAUAUUAUAUUUAUAUUUGUUCAUUGCGUGUUAAGAAAUACACUUGUUAUGUUUGGAGAUUUUUAGAGAAAUAUUUUUUUAUUUUACAUAUAAUUUGAUUAUUUCAUGUUCGAUGCUCUAUAUAUGCUUUGUACGCGUAUUUUCUACAUACGCAAAAUGGAGUAAUUGUACUGCAUAUGUAAAAAAAAUAUUGUGAUAUUUUAAUUAAAUAAUUUUUAAUUUGCAUUAAGUAAUGGCUAUUGAAAUUAUUUUCGAAUGAUAUGAAUAUAUAUGUAUAUGUUAUCUAUUUCAAAAAAUUUUUCUGGAAUAACAGAUUUUUGUGUUUUGGCUAACAUACAUUAAUGUAUAAAGGCAUUUGAUUAACAGUGAUGUUUCGUGAAUGACAGAGACAAAGUAAAUACGUAAAAGUUAAUUUAUAAAAAAUGUAUUAAGAUAAAAUGAUAGCAAAUAAAUAAAAUCAGAAUCAUGAAAUCA